GCCUGCUCCAUUUGUGCCUAUUAUGUUUUCACCAACUCAAGGUGUUCCUCCCCAAAUCCUGAAUGGAAUGGAUAUCAGGCUCCUCUGUAUCCACCACCACCACCAGAAAGGAGUAUGCAUCCCCCUCCAGCAUUUGUUAUAAACAAUACAGCAACGGAUGCCAAUGUAUAUGGUCAUCAUCAACAGCAACAGCAAUCGCUUAUUGAAGACUUUCCAGAACGGCCUGGUCAACCUGAAUGCUCUUACUUCUUAAAGACUGGGGACUGCAAAUUUAGGGCUGCAUGCAAAUAUCACCAUCCAAAGAAUCGAAUUCCAAAGUCACCUCCAUGCACCCUCAGCGACAAGGGUCUGCCAUUAAGACCAGAUCAGAAUAUCUGCACCCACUACAACCGCUAUGGCAUUUGCAAGUUCGGACCUGCCUGUAAAUUUGACCAUCCAGUAAAUUAUGGCAACUCGGCCUCGGCCCCUUCAGCUGAGUCUGGCCAAGACCAGCCCCCACCUUUUGGGGGCUCUGUCACUGCUGAUGGGGUCAGACCUGGCAGUGGGAACGGAAACGAGAUUCUAAUCCAGCAGCCUGUCUAAGACUUUUUGCAUUAAGGUGCUUCUUAAUGUUUUAAAGGAUUUAGUUAACAAGGAUUUUGGGGUUUUUUUUUUUUUUUUUUUUCGUUUUUGUUUUUUUCUCCUCUUGUAAACUUAAAAAAAAAAUUUCUAUUUAUCUCUUCAGUUGAAGCUGCCACAAGCUUUUCAAAGGAUGGCAAUUUUAUAACGUGUUAUGUUACUACAAAGCUUAAGCAAAAUCAGGAUGUGUAAAUUAUUCUA